CACCUUUUAACAAAAAGAAAUUCUCAAGUGUUUCAGAUUACAGAAGAAAAGAAAAAAUGGGAAGGAAGAAGGGAGUAGUGGAGUUCGAGGAAACCGGACCCGAUGACUUCGAUCCAUCGAACCCGUACAAGGACCCGGUGGCCAUGCUCGAAAUGAGAGAGCAUAUAGUACGAGAAAAAUGGAUUCAAAUCGAGAAAGCAAAAAUCUUAAGAGAGAGGCUGAGGUGGUGUUACCGUGUCGAAGGCGUUAAUCAUCUCCAGAAGUGCCGCAAUCUUGUUCAGCAGUAUCUCGAGUCUACACGUGGCAUUGGUUGGGGCAAAGACCACCGCCCGCCGUGUUUCCACGGUCCAAAAGUGGUGGAGGAAGCAGCUGAGUCUGAUUGAAUAAUUUCAUUCUUCAGGUGGCUGAAAUUUUAAGUGGAUUUACGCCGGAAGUGAAGGGUAGAUGGGGUUUAUUUGUACUUAUUUUGUGCUCUGCUGUUAGACACACAACGUUUGGAUUGACGGGUUUUACUAGGAUUGUUUUCAUCUGCAGUUUUUUUUCCUUCACUGACCUGUGGCAUGGAUAGAAAUGUAUGGCUUGAAUCCUUUUGGUUAUUAACAGCUAAAAAUAACUCAGCGAUUUCGCGAGGGAUAAUGAAAUAAGUUCCAUGUUUGUUUAA